CCACCCGGAAGCUCGGCGCGCAGGGGCUGCCGGGAGUUGUAGUUCUCAUGGGGUGAUCAUUGUUUCUGAGUCCCUAUGGAGCAGUAGGAGGCUGGAGUGCAGCAAUGAGCGCUGGCAGGGUGACCAGGAGCAGGAGACGGGUGCUGCUGGGGAACGUCAUACAGGAGCUGGGCGCUAAGAGGAAAUGUGGGAGCCAGAAGAGGCAUGCAGCAGGUAGGCGUGAGAAAACUCCUCCUCCAGUACGGAAACGAGUGCAGGUGGAGUACGAGUCCAUUGAAGACCCAGAGAAAACGCAGAAGUGGGAGCCGAAGAACUGGAGGGCACAGCUGGAGAACAUCAGGGAGAUGAGGAGCGGCAGGGAUGCCCCAGUGGAUCAGAUGGGGGCUGAGAAGUGUUUUGAUCAGAGUGCCCCCCCAGAGGUGAUACGAUACCAGGUGUUGCUGUCCUUGAUGCUCUCCAGUCAGACAAAGGACCAGGUGACCUCAGCAGCCAUGACCAGGCUAAUAGAACAUGGCCUGACUGUGAGCCAGAUACUGGAGAUGGAUGAGGAGACUCUGGGGAAGCUUAUUUAUCCAGUGGGAUUCUGGAAGAGCAAAGUAAAGUACAUCAAGCAAACAACAAGGAUCCUACAGGAAAAGUACGGUGGUGACAUACCUGAUAAUGUGGCAGAACUGGUGAAACUUCCUGGGGUGGGACCCAAAAUGGCUCAUCUGGUUAUGGACAUUGCGUGGCACAAGGUGUCUGGGAUUGGUGUGGACACUCACGUACAUCGCAUUUCUAACCGGCUAAAGUGGGUGAAAAAGGAAACAAAGACCCCUGAGGACACACGAGUAGCCCUGGAGGACUGGAUGCCGAGGGAUCUUUGGAGCGAGAUUAACUGGCUGUUUGUUGGGUUUGGACAGCAAGUCUGCCUCCCCGUGGACCCUCAAUGCUCUGAAUGCCUAAACAGAGACAUCUGUCCUGGAGCAAAGAAGAAACGAAGCACCCCUGGACCCUAAAAUGGAGAAAUGGAGAGGGCACGAGACUACUUGGACAUUACAAACUGUACAUGUUCCAAUCAGGAGUUAGACUACUGUAAAAAUUAGGUCACGUUUCUACAAACCUUAGAAGAUGCAAUUUCUUUACUUUUAGAAUGUAUAUAUUUCUAUGCUUUCAAUAAAUGUAACACAGUUUCUCUUUUUC